AGCCCAUUGGCGAGCGGGGGGUCGGGGCGCCUUGAGGCAACAUGGCGGCGGCGGCUGGGGAGCCGGGCUCUAGGCGCGUGGGCUUCGUGGGCGCCGGCCGCAUGGCGGAGGCCAUCGCGCACGGCCUCAUCCGAGCAGGAAAAGUGGAAGCCUGUCACGUGCUGGCCAGCGCACCAACCGACAGGAACCUCUGUCACUUCCAGGCUCUGGGCUGCCAGACCACCCAUUCCAACCCGGAGGUGCUUCAGAGCUGCUCGCUCGUCUUCUUUGCCACUAAGCCCCACGUCUUGCCGGCCGUCCUGGCAGAGGUGGCCCACGCGGUCACCCCCGAGCACAUUGUGGUGUCUGUGGCUGCUGGGGUCUCUCUCAGCGCCCUGGAGGAGCUGCUGCCCCCGGCCACACGGGUGCUGCGGCUCUCGCCCAACCUGCCCUGCGUGGUCCAGGAGGGGGCCAUGGUGUUGGCCCGUGGGUGCCAUGCCAGGAACAGUGAGGUCGAGCUCGUGCGGUCUCUGCUGGAGGCCUGUGGGCAGUGCGAGGAGGUGCCCGAAGCCCAAGUGGACAUCCACACUGGCCUUAGUGGCAGUGGCGUGGCCUUCGUGUGCCUGUUCUCCGAGGCCCUUGCUGAAGGAGCCGUCAAGAUGGGCAUGCCCAGUGGCCUGGCUCACCGCAUCGCCGCCCAGACCCUGCUGGGCACGGCCAAGACGCUGCUGCAGCAGGGGCGGCACCCUGCGCUGCUGCGGACAGACGUGUGCACGCCCGGCGGCACCACCGUUUACGGCCUCCACGCCCUGGAGCGGGGCGGGCUGCGGGCAGCCACCAUGAGCGCCGUGGAGGCCGCCACCUGCCGGGCCAGGGAGCUCAGCAGGAAGUGAGGAGCGGGUGCCGGACGGACGAGGGCCUCAGCCCCGGGGUGCCUGGUGCAGCCCGGCCCCUCCCGGAAGACUGCGGUUCUCUGCGAUCGCCAGGAGCCCCGCUGGAUGCACCCUGCUUCCUGCACGAAAAACUCGAGGGAGCUGGGGGUGCCCCUCGGCGGUGGGGACCCCCGCCCUGCCACCCAGGCACAAGGCCUCUGCUGACGGCCCCGUGGGGCGCCCCUGGCAGAGACGUGAGCGGAGCCCCCGGCGCAGCAGCAGCAGCAGCUGUGCGACCGCAGCCGGCUCGGGGGCGGG